AUGGUGGCUACAACAUGGUCAGACAGUGAUACUUCAAGCUCAAAUGUUGAAGAAGAAAAAGUUGAAGAACGAGCAAAUUUAUGUCUAAUGGCUAAAGAAGAUGCAUCUGAGGUUGAAGGUUCAACUUACAAGACUGCAAGUCUUGCUCUCCAAACUGAGGACUCUCGACCAGGGAUUGAUCAACCAACUAAAGCCCCCUCACUUGAACAAAACAAGAAAGAAUCUGGCCAAGGUACUGAGGUCAUUGGAUCAGUUGAUGAGAAUCCUCCCUCUGAACCCCAACCACAGCCAGAACCUCAACCAUCUCUUCCACAUUUUGAAGAGGUUUCAAUUAUGGAAUUGUUUUAUCAAAUGGUUCACGAGGAGCAAGCUGAGAAAGAAGCUGCCAAGGAAAAAACCAAGCCAGACACAUCUGCUUCAGCUCCUACUACAGAAGGACAAUCUGAAAAAGGAAAAGCAAAUACCACUACUGCUCUUCAAGUUAAAAGCAAACCACCAGGAAAAUGCAUAAAGACAAUGGUCACCAAAUCAAAGUUCUUCAAGAGAAGAAAAUCCUCUCGGCUAGUUGAAAAAGCCAAACCAGUGAACAUUUCUUCUUCUCAGAAUCCAGUUGAAGUCUUUGACAAAUCCUCACCUGAACCCUCCCCUCAGAAAUCACCACCUCAACCCUCUCCUCAACUAGAAUCCUCUUCAACUUCUAAAUGUGCAAUAUGGUACUAA